AACACAUUCCUCAAUAUUUUAGCAAAUAUUAACAGAGCCAGUCUGGGUUUCUCGCACCCACAGCGUCAGGAUGUGGCAGUUGAGAGAAAAUAGUCACAGUCAUAGCCACGAAUGUGUGAGUCUCAUUUAGUUUGUCUUCUUGAUUACAAACUACACUGUCCCUGCCUUGGCACAUGCCUGUAAAGUGGGCCGGACACGUGCUUCCCUUCUGAUUAAAAAGCCUUAGCCCGACCUUUUCACUCCUACACUCUUAGACUUUGUCCUGUUAAAAAACAGUAAAGUACAGGCAGAACAGUUGCCAUUAUUUAACUGUAGAUUAACAGUGCUUUUAUGUAGCUGAAAUUUACAGUUUAGUUCUGUUUUUGGAAAUACAGCAUAGAGAUUGACACUACUUUUUACCAAAUCAUUGCUAGCAAACAUGCGCAAGUACAGGUGCACAUAGCAAAGGUUCAAGACAGUGUAAAUUUAAACUUACCAUGAAAUUUACAGGGUGACAAUAAGAAGUCCAGUGCCAGUUUAUAAUGUCACAAAUUCCUCUAAAGAGAGAGAAAAAUUACUACCAUUCCUCCCAUAAGUGCUUUUAUCUUUGAAUUUGAAGACAUCCCUGCCUAAACCUUACAUCAUUUAGCAAUUGUAAAGAUCUACACUCGUCGUGUUCAUGUUAAGCUUGUUUGUAAAUGUGUUGCACUUUACUAAUUCCAACAAGCAAAAAAAGCCACUUAAAUUGACGGAUGAAGAUGAGGGAAAAUUCAAAGUGGAUGAUUUUCUCAAUCAUGUGGGCUUACUAGUUGCUUGCAUCUCCACGAUGCAUUGCAAACAUAUUGUAAAGUACUGUUUUCUCUCUUUAAAGUAUUAAUACUGUAGAAAACUGGUAAAUGACAUUUCACGAAAAUGAUUUUAUAUGUGAAUUGCAGCAAAGUCUAUGAGUGUAUCCUGUCUCUACCUGCUCAUGUAGUUUUCUCAUCUUCUGCCGUGGGAAGUGUCUCUGGGGAAAAGCAGCUCCGAGAGGCACCUGAGUCCACAUUGAUUUCCGUUCGUUGUGAAGUUGACAUGUAAAUAGGAGCAGGAAAAACAUGGCGUUUCAACUUGAUCUUUGACUUGGAGUCUGGCAAAUGAAGUAACAGAGUUAAGAGCUACGGCAGGUUCACAGAACCUGGGGAGAGGUUAAAGUGCUGGUCAGCAGCUCCCAGUGUCGGAUGGAUGAAUGCACCAGUCAUCAUUAAAGGGCUCAGAUAAUGUGCUGGCGUCACUGGAUCAAGCUGAAGAAAUGCAUGAUGGUUCCCCUCAGCAGGCGACAAUGAGUAAAGUAUUAAAGCUGUUAAUAAAAUCUUAAAUUCUCGAAGGUCCUAUUCAGGCUCAGUAAUUUUCAGUAAAUAAGCAUCUCCACCAGGAGAAACUGAAGAAUGUUGUGUUUUCAUACCACUGGUUGAUCACAAAGCCUGUAUAUUUUAUCUCCAGCGGCUUUAAAGCUGUGGUGCAGCUUCAGUAGCUUUGACGACUUUCUAAACCCAACAGAUGGAGAGGUUUGCAGAGGAAUCAGCCAGGAAACCUCUCGGUAAAUCGCCUGAGUUGAGCUGAGAGCGUAGAUCAGCAUCUUCUGGUCCGUGUGUAACUGCGUGAGCUUCUCAAAUACAUUUUCUGGCAGCUGUGCAGUGAAAAUACUAAAUAGCUCCCAGAAGCUACAUUAGACAGCUGCUGAAGUAAAAGACCUGGUUCUGGUCGUUUCUCCCGGGCCAAUCAUCCUGUUAUUGCCUUUUUAAAGGUCCAAAAAAAUGACUUUAUCUGCUUCGGAUGUUUUUGGGGGGACGCAUGAUCCUACCACAGCAUACGCAGGCCUCAGCCUGUAGCUGCUAUCGCACCUCGGCUAAUGAGUCGCUCCCUCGGCCCAGCGGCAGAACGAGCCCCCGUUCAUGUUAGCGUGAUUGAUUUUUCCCUAAGAAAAGCUUAGUUUGUGAUUAGGUUUUCAGUUCCCUGUGUGCGUGCGUUGGUGUAACGUAAACGCCCUGAUGUAGCGCAGAGGACUUCCUUUUGAGGCCAACUAACUAAACACUGAUACUGAGUCAAGCUCUAAAUGAACUCUCUUUAGUCCAGUCGGCGACUGGGACGGAGCGGUUUCACACAGUAGAUUAGAAUGUGACUCAAACAGCUCCUGUAACAUCAACAAAGUCAACAAAGACGUGCUUUAAUUCCCAGACGCCUGUGUUUCCCUGACUGGGUUGAAAGUGAACCAGUAACAUAGCAGGUGUGUCGUCCUUGGAAUUUGGGUCAUACUGUAUCACCCAGAUGAAGAAGUGAAACCUGUCUGCUCCCUGUGAGUUUAAGGCAGAUCCCUUUCUUCCUGAUAAGCGAUAAGAAUUGGGGCAUUUUGCACAAAGACAAUCCCUCCGCUGCAGCGCUUUGUUGGAUCCGUGAGUCGCCCUUCUUUCAUAUCGUAAGCUCCUUUUUCUUCUGUGGUACAUCUGAUGGGGUCACCCAUGCAGCCGGAACCUCUCGGGGAGAAGCUUAUGAGCUUACAGCGCGUUGAACAGUUCAUGUAAAAUUUAAAGGGGAGUUUUUCGCUCUCAUAACGAGGAGAGUGACUCAGACGUGGAGGAUGACAGGAGCCGCGUUAUCCACCAGAAAUAGGUCUGACACCUGCAGGGAAGACGGCCUGCACCACGCGGACACGCUGGGACACGGGAACAUUUAUCCAGAUUUAACGUGUCUGUUAUGAAUUAAACAGUAAAUGUCAAAGUGGAAGGAGCAGCGGUUACACAGCGCUGCAGCUGCAAGUCCUGCUGUGACUAUUACGGACGACGUGUUAUUUGCAGUUGAGGCGCGCGCGCUAAUGGAUGAUUGGUAUCAUGAGCCCACUUGCCUGAGCUUUCAAGGAAAACACAGAUUAGUCAUGAUUUCCGAGCGAGCGUUUCUCGUCGCAGACGUCGGAGCAGCUGGUGCCGCUCGUCCGCGCGCAGAACGCUUCGUGAUCGGAUCGGCACAAACGCGCGGCGCGCACAACAAUGGUGCCGCUGACGCCGGCCUCUGAGGCUGCACGCUAAGCUCUUACAUUCAGCCGAGGCCUGCGAGCCGCUGCCCUACUUUCACAAGCCCCUGCCCUGGUGUUUUCUCCCUGCCGUCCUCUGCCCUCUUGCUUGUUUUACGGCCUGCAUCCAUCGCUGGGUCGUCACCAUCAUCAUCAUCAUCAUCAUCACCAUCAUCUUCUUCAUGCAUCCGUCUUUCAGCCAGCUUUCCUCUGCAUCGUGCAUCAUAUGAGUAGGUCACUUUGUUACUUUCGAUACUGGGAAGUCAGAGCAUUUUGCACCCAGCUCUGCAAAAAUUUUUCUUUUAUAUCAGGAUUAUACCAAACAUGAGCAUGUUGUUGUUUGUGUACAGUUUCACUCCAGUGAAGAUUGGCGGAGCAUGAAGACGCCAUUAGUGAUACAUCCCCUUUAUUACAUUUCAGCACGUAUGAGCUAUGUGAUACCCAGGAAAGGUGUGCGGUUACACUGAUCAGGUAUUCACACAGUAGAAGCUUCACGUGCCCUGUUGUCUGAUAUCUGUCUGUAUUCAGUGCCGUGAAUGUCCUGCUGGCAGCUGAUGUUCAUCAUUUAAUAUUUAUAACUGGAACAUCUUGUACAUUUUUCACAGCUUUGAAAUCUUUAUUGGUGCAUGUGCAUAAAAAAUGACAAGACGCGACAGAAACCCAAGGAUGAUUGAUAUAACACCUUGCUGUGGUGUGUUCACUGACCUACAUUACAAACAUGGAUUCCGGAGUGGGAGGGACCAUCACGUGCAGCAUGCAGGAGAUACAGUAAACCUCUGGUGUUUGCCUGACAGUUCAACCUCCAGCUCUGGUCACUGGUCCAUUGUCUAACACCAAAUUCAUGAGGAGCAAGUAAUUCCAACGUGCAUGUGAAGUAUGAGAAGUUUUAGUGCAAGCUGCAGGGGCUUGUUAGGGGGAAAUAUUGCACAGUAAUUGGAUACUGUAGGAACAAGCAACAGAGGAAAUGCCUUGUUCUGCUUAUUGAGCCAGUGGAGACGUUUCCCAAGCGCCCUCUGCCUCCGCAACCAUCCGGCCUGCUCUUCGCCAGCCGCUCCUGGCCAAACUGAUAAAGUAGAAGGUUCCCGUGAUAAAGUGGUGAGCCCGGUCCAGAGAAUAAAGCCUCCACCCUCACUGUGAAGGAAUGCAGAAAAUGCUUGCACAACCUCCCUAGUGUUGCAACUUCAGUCAAGUUAGACAUUAAUGUGUCCAAGUCUGAGUUCGGCUGAGAGACGAGGGAGAGCUCUAGGCGCGCCCGCCCUAAAAUAAUCAAAGUUUUUCUGAUGGAAUUUAUGGAGUUUAAUCUGUAAAGCACGAUUUUCACUGGAGGAAUGCUUGUAGUUUCACUUCAUCUGGCUGGGUGGAUUUACACAGUUUUAACUUUAACAUACCUUUGACUGAGUUUAGGCAAAGGGAAGGGGUGGUGUCACACAGUUUAAGGUCACAUUUAGGGGAAUAAAGAUGCAAUCCAAGAGGAUUUAGACCAGUUGUCACGGCAACAAUCUGCUGUAGCAGCCAGUGGCACAAACACAGGUUGUAACAAUUUCUCUCAGUGGGACUAAAUCAAACUAAACUUUACAUGAUUGACUUUGAAGAAUCACAUUCAAAUUUAGUGAUUUGCUUAUUAUGCAGAUCAGUAAAGACUGACAACUAAGACUUGUCUGAACAAUCCCAGCAAGGCAGCCACGGUUUGCAUCCAUGUGGUGCAGCAUGUCAAUAAUUGUGACUGAAGGGUGAUGCACAGAACUCUCGCAUCCAAACCCGAGGGAAGUCUAGCUGUUGUCCAGGACGUGCUCCAAAAGGCACUGCACAGCCACUAAAAAUAGUCCACCAGGUUUAAAUUUAGCUUUAAGUGUGCAGAGGUGCUGCUCUCGGAUUCAGAGCCACUUCUGCCAUCUUGUGGGCAGAAAUCUGCAAAUGCAGUGUGAAAUCAAUGAUCGGUCAUGUGGUUAAAAUCCCCGAGCAGGCAAGCGCACGAAGGCGUCCUUUAAGAGGAGGCUGGACGCUACAUCUGUGCUUGUUUGGCUUUGCUUGAUCGGAAAGAGGUGACGGUGAGGGUGAAGAGAAGCAGCCUGGAGGUGAGGGAAAGCAAAUAAGACAGGAAGCGGAGGAGGCGGGAACAGCAGCGCGACGCGUGCACAGUGAGCACAGGAGGAGGAGGAGGAGGAAGAGAGGAUGAGGACAGGAGCCGGGGAGGAGGUGCAGGACGCCAGCGUGAGACCCGGACCGUGAGGACGAGGGGAGACGUGACGCUUCAGCCGGAGGGAUGCUGCUCACGCUGCUUUUCUACCUGCGAGUCAAAGAAUCGAUCUACCGCCGCGGGGCCAGAAGAUGGAGGAAACUCUACCGAGUCAACGGACACCUCUUCCAGGCCAAGCGCUUUAACAGGAAAGCCUACUGUGGCCACUGUAGUGAAAGGAUAUGGGGCCUGGGCCGGCAGGGCUACAAGUGUAUCAACUGCAAACUGUUGGUCCAUAAGCGCUGUCACAGACUCAUCCCUCAGACCUGCCAAAGGCUUAUGGAUCCAGCCAUGCCGUCACAGGAGCCCCCCGCAGACGCCAAGGACGAGGAGGUGGACCUCCCACCAGACGACACGGAGGACACAGAUGGAAUAUCAUUUUUACCACACAACUGUACAGUGGACAAGACAGAGGAUGCAGAUACCGAGGACAUCAAGGCCGUAGUGGACGGCAUCGAUGGCAUCAAGCUGUCCCAGGGCCUGGCCCUCGGGCUGGGCGACUUCGAGCUGAUCCGAGUGAUCGGGCGUGGCAGCUACGCCAAGGUCCUGCUGGUCCGGCUGAAGAAGAACGAGCAGGCGUACGCCAUGAAGGUGGUGAAGAAGGAGCUGGUGCACGACGAUGAGGAUAUCGACUGGGUGCAGACAGAGAAGCAUGUGUUUGAGCAGGCGUCCACCAAUCCAUUCCUAGUCGGCCUCCACUCCUGCUUCCAGACAGAGAGUCGACUCUUUCUGGUGAUCGAGUACGUAAACGGCGGGGACCUGAUGUUUCAUAUGCAACGACAGCGGAAGCUCCCUGAAGAACACGCAAGGUUUUACGCCGCUGAAAUCUGUAUCGCUCUGAACUUCCUGCACGAAAAGGGCAUCAUCUACCGUGACCUGAAGCUGGACAACGUCCUCCUGGACCACGAGGGGCACAUCAAGCUCACAGACUACGGCAUGUGCAAGGAGGGGAUCAGACCGGGUGAUACCACCAGUACUUUCUGUGGAACACCCAACUACAUUGCACCUGAGAUCCUCCGAGGAGAGGACUACGGCUUCAGCGUGGACUGGUGGGCUCUGGGCGUGCUGAUGUUCGAGAUGAUGGCUGGGAGGUCCCCGUUUGACAUCAUCACUGACAAUCCUGACAUGAACACAGAGGAGUAUCUCUUUCAAGUUAUUCUUGAGAAGCCCAUUCGCAUCCCAAGGUCUCUGUCAGUGAAAGCUGCCAGCGUGCUCAAGGGCUUCCUAAACAAGGAUCCCAAGGAGCGACUGGGUUGCCAGGUCCAGACGGGGUUCACAGACAUCAAGUCGCACACAUUUUUCCGCAGUAUAGACUGGGACCAGCUGGAGAAGAAAGAGGUCACGCCGCCCUUCAAACCUCAGAUCUCUGACGACUACGGCCUCGAAAACUUUGACACACAGUUUACUAAUGAACCGGUGCAGCUAACGCCAGAUGAUGAGGACGUCAUCAAGAGAAUAGACCAGUCAGAGUUCGAGGGAUUUGAAUACAUCAACCCCCUGCUGCUAUCUACAGAAGAGUCUGUAUGAAGGAGAGACCAGCUUCCUUCUUCGCCCACCUACUGUCUGUCCAAGCUGCCGUCUUAGCCAAAAACCACUCGCAAGCCAACUUUGAAAGGCGAGGAGGGGGAAGAGGAAAGGACAACAGGGAGGACGAACUCUCUCUCUCUGGACCUGUCGACGAGGCAAAGCAAGCGGGGGAACGGGCCAGUCUGCCUCCUGGAUCACUGGGAUUGUUCUGUUGGUGGAACCAAACUCCAGUUCCUUGGUAUCUACAGAGAAAACGAAGACACUGAACUGGAAGAACAGUCCCUGUUCUUCCCUUCCUUCCCUUUUUGAUUUUCUUCAGUUGUAUUGCUUUCUCAGUCUCAGAAUGUCCGUUCUCCCGUCAGAGCACGACUGGUUUUUGUAAUUUGAACUGUUUCAUUCUGUGCCUGCCAUCGUGAACACAUUUCAACCCGUCGCUCAUCCCUGGAUGAUAUGACAGUCCUGAAGUUUUACAGGCCCCGUCUUUUGUUUUGUUUUGUUUAUUGGGGGGGACUCAAACAAAACAAGAAUGUACAAUGACAAAGGAAGAAAAAAAUAAGUUAUUGUGUACUAUAAUGUAGGUAAUGUUUAAAAAAUUGAUGCCUUUUUUAUUGAUGCAAGUGGCACAUUUUCAUCCUAAAUCACAAGUUUUUUAGUUGUUUUAAAUUCCACAAACAAUAGGGGGAAAGAAACGCUAACUGGGAGAUGACUUUUUAUUUAAGAAGUGCCUCAAAGAUCAAAUUAAUCACCGCAUCUCUGAUUGCACUUUUCUCACCCUUCACAGCUUCAGAUGGUAGAGACCAGCUGAAGGCACGGCUACACUCUGCCAGUGUUCAUCCGAACUUCAGAUUUUUAAUGCAUCAGUACUGAUAAUGUACAACCGGCCUACAGACUCCCGUGAGCGGCCUCUAAGCUGACAAGAGGUCACAGGCAAGGGUGAACGGCGAAAAGGGUUGGGCUCGAUGCGUUUAGUCGUGAAGUUUUCCUGAUGCCAAACUAUCAUUUUGUUCUCCAGCAGUUCGAGAGGAGUCAGUGUAGCGUAAAGAAGGCCACGGUACACGUAUAUCAGGAGCCGCUGACUGGCUGUGGUCUCCACAGUGUGCGCAGGCUUGCUGGCCGAGCUCGGACUCUUCCACACCAGCUGCCACUGCGUGACCAUCUGCAGCCGAAUGAAAAAUAUCACGUGACCCCGUUGGUCAGCCUGCCUUGUGGUAACGUGCCUCCGUUCCUAUUUUGGGCACAUUGUGUGAUUCCAUCUUUGCGUUGAGGCUGGUUUUACAUGGAGGCAACAGCAGCUUAGUACAAGUUUUACUUAAAGUUUUCCCUUUGUUCUUAAACAAAAAAAAACAAAACAAAAAAAAAAAAACAAGCCGGUAAUAAUCGUGUUUUGCUUUUGAAAAUCGGGCAAGAAAAAGGUCCUCAAGCAUUGAUCCAAAAAUGCUUAUGUCUUUGUACACGUCGGAGUAUUUGUCAGAUAUUUAAUGACAACCAAGAUGUAGCGUAAUGGCAAAGAACAGAUGGCCUGUUGUUAGCAGUGGCUCUAAAAAAAUGAUGGUUUAGCAUGAGGAACAUACAAACCUUUUCCCAUUAGGUUUCUAUGUUUCCCUAAAAGUGGAUUAAAUAAAUUACAGAUACAAUAUUCAGAUUAAUAUCAUUUUAUCGUCAUGUAAGUGGUAUUUUCUUCACUAAAAGCUGAAGUACAGGCUUUCUACAUAGUUCUCUAGCAACAUAGCCUACAGCUGAGGCAGUAACUUUGGCUAUUUGUUGUUACUUUUAGACAUUUUAAACCGUUUAAGGACCAUAAUAAUAUUGGCAGGUUAUUGGUAUUGAUAAUCAUCAGUGUCAACUGUAACUUUAAGGGACGCUCUCACCCAUACUGUACCGCACCUUGAUGUGGAGGUGAUCUCGAAGGCUACUUUAGAUUUAACAAGGGUUUUUUAACAAAAUCAACUGGAAGGAGCCAACCUUUAAACUAAGUUUCGAAUAAAAUGGGGUUCAUGUAUAUUCCUCCAUGUAAGGUUUUGGUACAUUUUUGCUGUUUGAAUAUGGAUAGGUUUAAAGCCAUUGGAGUAACUACAGGCCCCCCAAUCGAAAGUCCUUGAAUGUUCUGAAGUAGUCUGUAACCUCCAGCUGACAGCACAACAGUUGCCCAGUGUAAAGCCAGCUCAACACAUGGUGGUCAGCGGUUUGCAGGCUCAGCUCGCCAAGCUCUUAGCUCACUCCUGCACCAUGAUGAUUCACUAAAGGGUUUCCAAUUCAGAACUUUCGUUUCCACAGAUGUUGGUGUUCAAAACCAUUUCAAAAGGCCAUUAGUAUGUGUACACACUAAAACGAAAGCGGUUUGUAGUUCAGGCAAGUAGAAGUCAAUAUACUGCCACCUUUGUGUACAGCACACGACAUGUGUAACCAACGUAGGAGCUUAGUGCAACUACAAGGCUGGGACGAUAUCAAACACAUGCACAACUCAUCUGUGAAUAUGAAGUACAAGCACGGAUUAAAGUCGCCUGUGAGGAGCUCUGAGCCUCGGAUACAAGCUUUGUGUUGAUCUAUGGAUCUGUGCACUACCGAGGAAAGAAGAGCUCCCAAUUGGCUGGGAAUUAUUUGAUGAAAUCGAACCGAUGCUCAAUUCUUCACCACAUAAUAGGAUUAAUUAUAGUCAGGGUAUCAGUCAAAGGCAGGAAAGGAAAAGCGAUAAAACAGAAGCUCCACAAUCACUGAUCAGGCCACCAUCAUGAAAACACACACACUGCAUUUAUUAGUCAGUUCAGUUGACCGCCCGAGUCAAACUUUAGUGGCAUUCUUUUAUUACAGAGGGACCAAUGAAUGAACUGGGUGUCCUUGAAACCACAUCACAGAACAGCGAAGGCCAAUUAAAAAUAAAAUACAUGAAUUGAAUCUUGAAACUGGAUGAACUUAGCCUAUGAUUUUGUUCUAACAUUAUGCUGGUUGCAUAUGCUUAAUUUUGCUUCACAGCAUCUUUGUAAAUAUGUGUAAUUAUUAAAAGCGAUACUGGUUUUCCGUGAA